UGGUCAUCCGGGUGCGUCUGCAGCGGAGGAGGGGGAACAGGCCCAGGCUAUAAGAGCUGUGUUAUUAAGGCAGUGUUGUUAUUUUUUUUUUUUUAAACAUAAGGGAAGCAUUCGUUGUAAGCAGCAGGUAAACUACAAGGGAUCGUACAUUGGAAUCGUUGAUACCUUUUCGGAUUACGAAAAAUAAAGAGAAACGAUCUGACGCUCUCUCUGCUUUCCUGACUGCAUUGUAGAACACAGCGUUCUUGUGAUGGAGUUCCCAGACCUAGGAGAGCACUGCUCUGAGCUAACCUGCAAGCGCUUGGAUUUUCUUGCAAUGAAGUGUGAUGCCUGUGAAGACAUCUUCUGUAAAGAUCACAUCACUUACGCAAACCACAAAUGCACAUCUGCAUACAAAAAGGAUGUUCAAGUUCCUGUCUGCCCACUUUGUAACACCCCAAUCCCUGUAAAGAGAGGAGAAAUGCCGGAUAUCAAGGUUGGGGAACACAUUGAUGCGGACUGUAAAUCUGACCCAGCUCGGCGGAAAAGGAAGAUUUUUACAAAUAAAUGUUCAAAAGGGGGGUGUAAGCAGAAAGAGAUGAUACAUGUGACAUGUGAUCAGUGUCACUUGAGCUUCUGCCUGAAGCACAGGCACCCUUUAGAUCAUGAAUGCAAGUCUGAUGGCCAUCCUGUCUCCAAGUCUGGUCAUGCUGCUUUAAUGCGAUCCCAUGGAUCAACCUCAUCAGCUGUUGCUACUUCUAGUAAAGGAACCUCCAGAUCUGUACCAAAUGGACUAAGUGGGAAUGCACGAUCACAACCAAGAAGUACACUUGGGCAGAGUGCGACCGUGGCGCCACCACCACAGCAGCAGAGAGCAAUCCCUCCCUCUGCGUCUCUUCAGGCAGGAAUGACUGAGGAGCAGGCUUUGCAGAGAGCUCUGGAGAUGUCUUUAGCAGAAUCUGCAAGAAGCACACAGCAGCCGCUCAGUCCUCAGGAGCAAGAAGAUCUUGCGCUGGCCCAGGCACUAGCUGCCAGCGAGGAGGAGUUCCGCAGGCAGCAGCAGCAACUACAGGUAUCCAGAACAGUUACCAGUCAGUUGCAUGCUAACAGGAGUUGAAAACCGAGAACCCAAACAGGCUUACUGCAGCAUGUCUUAGUGUUGCAUUCUGCUGUAAAGCUGCCUGAUGUGCUAUACCAACCAUGUCUUCACAUUUUAGUUUUUUUUCCCUCAAUCAAGCUCCAGAGUUAAGACAGCAUACAUGAUCAAAAUAUUAUGUUGGAUGAUUUUGUGUGUGUGUAUAUAUAAUAUAUAAGAAAUCUUAUCAGUUGUAUUCUUUAAAACUAUAUGCAUCCUACAGUUUUAUAUAAAGCCUUUGUGUACAUAUUUCAUAUCUUGAUUACAUUAACCAAGAGAAUGCCUUGUCUGCUAGAUGUAUGUUGAAUAAAACAUUUAAAAAUGUU